CCGUUUCCGAGGUCUAAAGAUGGCCGGAGCCGGAGGAGGCUCGGGCUCGGCGCGGAGACUUGUGCAGUAUGUUGUGGUGCGUUCGGAUUUGGUGCGAUCCUUAGCAUGGCCCCUGGGCGCUGUCAUCACCCAGGCUUGUCACGCAGCUACUGCGGCCAUCCAUUUAAACUACAAUGAUCCGGAUACACAGCAGUACCUGGCCGAGCUGGACAGCAUGCACAAAGUGGUGCUCGAGGCACCAGAUGAAGCAUCACUCACUGGCUUGUCUGAAACACUUUCCCAGGAGGCCAUAGCUCAUAAGCUUUGGAUUGAACAACCAGAAAACAUACCUACCUGUCUGGCAUUAAAGCCUUAUCCAAAAGAAACCGUUCAUCCUUUACUGCGAAAAUUUAAACUGUUCAAAUGAACACAAUUUCUUCACAUAGUUAAACUUGACUAUUCUUUGCAUCCUUGAUGGAAUGAAACUUUUGGAGGAACUAAAUUAGCAAAGAAGAAAUGUGACUGCUGCACGCUAUGCUGAAAAUCGUUCAUGGAUAUGACUCACAAACUUUUUAAGAUAUAUUGUUAUUUAACCAUUUUGCUGAUGUCAAUGACGUAAUGGAAAAUGAAGACCUUGAUUUUUGUUCCAUGAUACCUGCGAUACUGGCAAGGAACAAGCCUUCACUUUCUCAUAGCAGGCUGAUUUACAGUUGCUAGUUAACCUAACGUGGGGAGUGAAAGUUCACAUAAAUAUAUAAUGUAUAAAAUUACUUCCAUGUUACCAUGAACUGCUAGUAGUUAAAUGUAAUUGUCAAAAUCAUGAGUUGAGUUUAAAAGAACAAUGUAAAAGAAAAAGUACAAAGGCUAAAAAAGAUGUAAAAUCAAACAUAAGAGGAGAUCUCACAAUAAUAAAGACUGUGAUUUCUGA